AAUCCAUACACAACACAAAAUGACAUUCAACAAAAUAGGACUGGUAAAAUAUCCAUAUAAAUACAGCAGAAAACUGUAUUUUUUUAACACUAUCGAAAUGAAACUUUUUGUAGUCAUAGGGGUGUUAGCCCUUUUGGCUGUGGGUCAAGCCCAAGAAGAAGGUGCUGAAACAACUACUGUUGAUCCCACAGAAGAUGAUGGAGAAACGUCAUCUCCCCCACCACCACCUCCACCACCAUCUAAAAGGCCAGGACCACCUGGACCUCCUGGACACCACAGACCGCAUGGUCCUCCCGAGCAUCAUAGACCACAUGGUCCUCCGGAACAUCAAGGACCACAUGGUCCUCUAGGAAAUAGGAUUCCCGGACCACCUGGUCGUCCUUUCAGACCAGAACAUGGAGAACCUGGACCUUUUGGAGGACCAGGACAUAGAGUUCAAGGAUUAUUUGAAGAGUUGAGAAAUAGGCCAGCACAAGGAUCACGUCCUGGUCCGUUUGGAAGCCGAUAUGAAAAUGAACGUCCUAGUGAGAGUCAUCAUUUCCCCAAACGUUUACCAGUUCUCUUUGAUUUUGGAUCUGGCAAUGAUUUUGGCGUCGGGAACAUAUUUGGCGGAAGAGAUGGUAAACUACCAACAACAACAACAACAACUACCGCAGAUCCUGGAUACUGAUUUUUAAUUACGUAAAAUAAAUCAUAUUCAUGAAAUUCAAUAAAAAUGUUGACAUAUUUUAGACAGCAAAUA